CGGAAGCUGAAGACAACCAGCACCCCACAACAACACCAACAACACCAACACUAGGCUCGUUCCCUCCUCUGCCCAUUGCUGUCUGUCGUCCUAUUCCCUGGCAGCUUGUUUGUUUUUGAAACUUUCGUCGUAUCACCAAGCCACGCAAGAAAUGUGCGACUUACCGGCAACGCCAUCUCUGGAAUAGGUAAACGCAUGACUAGUCGCCAUCGCCCAUAGCCUGGACAGCGCACCGCCAUGCCUCGCCUACGGACGAAGGUCUCUCCGGCGGAGGGCGGCGGCUUCGCCUUUGUUCCGAUAUCCCACCCGAGCGAAUCGGCGGCCUGGAAGAAGAAAGUGAGAUCCCAUGCGGCCAGAAACCACCUGGCCCGGCGGCAGCGGGUUGUCGCCUACCAACAGACCGCCGUCACCACUCGUGCCAGUACCCCGUCAGAUGGCCAAGACUCGGACGGAGCCCCUCUCCGCCCAUCGAGCCAACCACCCGAGACCCGGGAGGUGUUCGUGUCUGGCAGGGGUUUCUCGGACUCGAAUUAUGGAAACGGCCAUCCACUUCUUCACAUAAACAGCCCCAUAUCGCCCUUGGGCGCCGCAAGGACCGACCCGUUCAACAGCUUCCACAGGGUUGUCACGCCUUGGGAACAGAAGCUCCUCGAUCACUUCAUGCAAUACAUGGUCAUGAAGGAAAUGACAUGUGUGCCCUCACUGAACCUCGACAUAUUGGGCGACAAGGCCGCGUUCUGGAAGAGCAUGGCGGCGCACUGGGUGCAGACCUCGCUCUCUGACCGCGGGAUGCUCGCCAGCACCCUGCUCUGGGCCUGCAGGCAUAUGGCGGCAGUGCAACAUCGCGACAUCUUCAACCCGCAGGCGACCAGGUACAGGUUAGAGUGCAUCCAAAUGCUCAACCAGACCCUGACGAGGGAAGGGAAGAACAUCAGCAACCUCACUAUUACUAAGACGCUUGCUUUGGCUUCGGACUCGAAUCUGAUGGGCGAACACGACAUCGCGGAACAGCACUUGAAAGCCGUGGGAUACAUGAUUCGAAUGCAGGACGAGGGUGACACUCCGAGCGACUUCCUCGGCAGGCUCGUGAUCUGGUUCACUCGGGACAAGAACUCCAAGAGCAUGAUGGGCAGGGCGAACCUGGACUUCAACACGGACAUGACACCCGUUGCGAAAGUAGAAAAGGACUUGGUUUAUCACGUCAACGCAUCGACAAGUGUCUAAACAAACAUUAUUAUUCUAAUUAUUAUUUUUUCCCUUAUUUUCACUCGUCACAAAAGAUUGGA